GGCGGCUGGUGAUUGGCUGCGGCCGAGACGCCGCAAAAAGGUGAAGGGGCGGUGGCUACCGUCAUUCGAGGCGGUAGAAUGGCUGCAGCAGCGGAAUUGAACAAGUUUUUACUGGGAUACAAUGGAAUUUCAAGUCCAAGCCAGAAUGUCGGGAUGGACCCUUCUCAUGCAUGUUGCAUACUGCAGCAGCUUAAAUGUAUGUACGAUGAACAGCAGCUGACAGACAUUGUGGUGGAGGUAGAUCAUGGAAAAACGUUUUCCUGUCACCGAAAUGUACUCGCUGCAAUUAGUCCUUACUUUAGGUCUAUGUUCACAAGUGGCCUUACAGAGAGCACACAGAAGAGAGUGCGAAUUGUGGGAGUGGAAGAAGAUGCAAUGCGGCUAGUGUUGGACUAUGCAUAUACUUCCCGAAUAUUACUGACUGAAGUCAACGUGCAGGCUCUUUUCACAGCUGCUAGUCUCUUCCAAAUUCCAUCCUUGCAGGACCAGUGUGCCCAGUACAUGAUCAGCCGACUGGAUCCACAGAAUUCUAUUGGGGUUUUCAUGUUUGCUGAUGCUUAUGGACACAAGGAGUUGAAAGAGAAAUCACAAGAUUACAUUAGAAAGAAAAUUUUGUGUGUUGCCAAAGAGCAAGAAUUCCUCCAUUUGACUAAAGACCAGCUCACGAGCAUCUUAAACAGUGAUGACUUAAAUGUAGAAAAGGAAGAGUAUGUUUAUGAAAGCAUAAUUCUGUGGCUCGAGCAUAAUAGGGACAAAAGGGAGCCAGAUCUUGCAGACAUUUUUGCCAAAUGUAUACGUGUACCUCUGAUGGAUGAGAACUUUUUAAAGAAAAUCCCUUGCACUUUUGCACAGGCUAUGGCUAGAAACUCCUUAGAAGAUGGAAAUUGCGAAGGGGCUGAUGGCUGUAGGCCAAGACUUGGUAUGACUGCUUCACAGAUGAUUAUCUGCUUUGAGGCUGCCAGCAAAUACUCAGGAAAGAAACAGACUGUGCCUUGUUUAGAUACUGUCACAGGAGAAGUCUUCAAAUUAUGCACACCUCCCAAUGACUUGAGGGAGGUGGGAAUCCUCGUGUCACCUGAUAAUGACAUUUACAUUGCAGGAGGUUACAGGCCAAGUAACAGUGAUGUUUCUAUAGAUCAUAAAGCAGAGAGUGAUUUCUGGAUGCAUGACCAUGUGGCAAAUAGGUGGCUGCCCAGAGCUCCAUUGCUUAGGGCACGAAUAGGGUGUAAGUUAGUUUACUGUUGUAACAAAAUUUAUGCAGUUGGAGGUCGGGUGUAUGAAGGUGAUGGACGGAAUGCACUAAAGUCAGUGGAGUGCUAUGAUAGCAGAGACAAUUGCUGGAUAGCUGUCUGUCCAAUGCCUGUUGCUAUGGAGUUUCACACUGCUGUGGAGCAUCAGGAUAAAAUCUAUGUAUUACAAGGGGAAUUUUUUCUGUGCUACAAUCCUCACAAAGACUACUGGGGUUGUCUGACACCAAUGAGCGUGCCUAGAUCUGCAGGAUUAUCAGCUGUCUGCAAAGAUUUAAUCUACUAUGUAGCAGGAAUUUGUAAAGCACAUCAGCGAAUGCUUACAGUAGAGGCUUAUGACAUACAUCUUAAUAAAUGGAUACGCAAGGCGGAUCUCCCAUUGGAUCAGUCCACAAACCCCUACAUUAAACUCUUCUUGCUCCUUAACAAACUGCAUCUCUUUGUGCGAGCAACACAAGUAGUGGUGGAGGAGCACGUUUUCCGUACAAGCCGCAAGAACUCUUUGUACCAGUAUGAUGAAGAAUCUGAUCAAUGGAAGAAAGUAUAUGAGUCACCAGAUAAACUAUGGGACCUUGGCCGCCAUUUUGAAUGUGUUGUUGCCAACCUUUAUCCACAAUGUCUUCAGAAAGUGUUUUGAUUUACUUUUGGCAGCUUGCAUGAAAUAAUGUGUGACAUGGGCUAACAAUAUUUUGUGUAAGGAAAAUGGCUGUUUUAAAAGCACUGAUGAAACCGGAUGGGUGCUUUUGAAAGUAGCAGUGUUUUUGGAACUGGUUCAAAAGUUUAGUUUUCUAAUCAUUUUUACUAACUUCACUGGUGCUGGGGAAUAUAAAAGUGCAAUUACUUACUUGGAUUAUUUUUUUUUAUCUGGCUUUUUCAAUGGCAUUUCUUAUUGUAUAAGCAGUCAUCCAUUGUCUGGCAAUCUUAAAACUAUGCAGACUAACAGGCAAAAUUCAGCUUGUCAGUAAGAAUUUGCUUUGCCCAAUGGUAUGGAAAAACUCUUAAAGCCUUUAAGAUACGGGUAUAAAUUUAAGUUAUACAGAUGCUAUUAAUUUUGAUGUAUCUGUAUUUGUGAAUUGAGCAUUUUGCAUUUAGUUACUUGACAUGAAUUUGAAGAUAGCUUGGCUGGAUCUUAAUGGGAAGGAAGUUAAAUGGUUUCUGCAAGAAUUGAUGACCAACCUAAACAGCUACUGGGGUCAAACCUCGAAAUUGGCAUCCAUGCAGACAAUAGUGGUCAUUUUUUUUUUCAUCCUGUCCCUUUGCUGCCCAAGAACUAAAAUUUUCAUUUCCUACUACACAGCUUUGAAAACUAACAAUGUGCAGUUAACAAGUGACAGUUCCUAACUACGUAAUGAAAUGGAAAUAACUACUUGGACCUUUUACCAAAUAUAGUAACAGUUUUUUAGGAUUUUUAGAUAUUUCUAGGAUGGUAGGAGGGUGGGGAUGGUUUUGAAAUGGACCAUCAAAUAUAUUUCAGAGAGAAAUGGUUUGAGUAUUGUGGUCACUCUUAGUGUGGUAGAAUAGAACUGCAGCAAUUAGAUUUAUACCACGGCAUUUGGCAUGGUUCAUUUGUUAGUUGGAACUAACCAGAAUUAAAUAAAACAGGUAUUUUUUUUCUUUGUUCCCCUAACUCUCCAAUCCACCCUGGCUACUGCAGGAACUUAAAAAUGAACCUUCAAGGAGCAGUAUAUUUUUGUAUAUUGUGCUUGCAGUGCACCUUUUUCCUGUUUGGUUCACUUGAACCUUUUUGUGAACUAUAUGGCACCGAACUAUGGUGAACUGGCUCUUAUAUAAAUCAUUCCUCCCUUGGUCUGAUUUCAUAUUCACUUUUUGUCUUAAUAGUUUACUAUGUCCCUAUUUUAAUGCCAUCUGCAUUCUGCUCAUCAAUACAAGUGUACAUAUCACACAUGGAUUCCUGAACUCCUUGAUGGGUACAAAUGAAACAAGGUAGUCUUCCCAUAACCUUUCUAAAAGGUAAUGUAUCAUUAAAUUAGUUCUAACCCAGUUAUUUGAAAUUAAAUUUAUCCCCUUGCUCUGCAUGUUACUGGACAUUUAGAGAAAGCGUAUGUAUGUAUUGGGAGAUAAGGAGCCUGAAAUAGAUGUUAGAACAUGCAAAACUCAAUUUGUCCUUUUUUUAAAGAACAUAGAACAAUAGAGCACUGGACAAGCCAUUCAGCCCAUGAUGUUGUACUGAUCUUCAUGCCAAUUUAUACUAAAUGUUGUUGUCCUCCUGUUUAUCAUCUAUAUCCCUCCAUUCCCUUCAUAUUCAUGUUUCUAUCUAAAAGCAUCUUAAACUCCACCAAACUGGCUGCUUCCAUAACCUAUACCAGGCACCUACCACUCUCUGCCUAAUAAAAUAAAACUUGCCCCUUGCAUCACAUCACCUGUUAAGCUCUUCUCCCUCCCUCUCCACCCCCCCCCCCCCCCCCCCCCAAAACUUUAAAAGCAUGUCCUUUUUUUUGUACAAACCCUGUAUGUAAUAAGACCGUGACUAGCCUGGUAUUUAAUCUAGUAAUCAGUAAGCACUAUUGUACAAAUUAAAUCCUUGACCAGACCUUUACUACUCUUUCAACUGUACUGAAGGGAAUGAAAUGUGAAUUUGGUUGAACUAUUCCAUAUGCAUUUGAGGCUAGAAAUGUCAAAGUUCAGUCUUAAAUGUUGAGUUUUUAAUCUUGCCUGUUUCAAAAUUUUUCCUUGACAAAAUAGUACCUUAAUAGAUGAUUUCUAACAAGCUGUGCAUACAAGUAAAUUAUGAAAACUGUUUCCUUCAUUUGGUUGAAUCACUAAAACCAACUUGUUUGGUACAGUCUAUAACUAUGGCCUCUUUGGAGUUCAGUGCAUUUGUAACAAUAUUUUAUGCACUUCACAAAACAUGCAUAUUGUUAUUUUCAUUCAAUUUUAACCAUGUACCUAAUGCAGCAGGGAAUUCAGAUACUAAAUGGCACUAAUACCUUCCAAGAAAACAUUAAGUUGUAGAAACUACAACUGAACACAAUUGGGACCACUGCAUAAUGGUCCCAAGUUCUAUCCUUGCUCUUCAGUCUCAAAUUUACUUGGAAAAGGUAAACAUGAGUAUUCAAUUUCAGAGAAGCUGCACUAAUUUGAAUUUCCUUGGUGUUGAUUUUUGUAUAAUCUUGUUGUAAAUGAUUUAAUUUCUAACAGAUUGGAUAUCUUGGCAGAAAGUUCGAAUGCACUUGAAUCUCAAUUUUGCGAACUUGUAGCAUCUUAAGUGCUCGAGUAUCCUUACAUUCAAUUAAGGGUAAAUUCGUCAUGGUUGUAGUGCAAAGCCAAAAUCACCUAACGUUUUACUUAAACUGGGCUAGCAUAAUGAGAACACCAGAAACCCAAUGUAAUCUAAUAGAAGCAGUUAAAUUUGUAAGUAAAUGAAAUCCAGUUGAAUCUUGAUUCCACCCAAUAAGUCUUGACAUGAAGAUAAAUAGCUUCAGCUUUGUGGUUUACAACUCGAUACCUUCUGGUGAACUGGAUUUUCAUCCAGUUGACCAGUAGGUAUCCUCUACAGUUUUAUUUGAAAAAUGCAAUCAGUUGCAAUUAAAUGAAUUUUAGGCUAAUUUCUGAGGGAUUAGACAUGUUUAUUGGCAAUUGCUUAUUGAAUAAGAUAUGUGAAUAUGAUUUCAUUUUAGAUAACAUUUCAAUUGUGUGCACUCUUGGGUAAAGACCUGAAAUCUGGUUGACACUGGGAACUUUUUAGCUACAAGUAUGUGACAUGAAAUCAAGCUGCAGGUCUGACAGAUUCCAUUCUUAGAAGUAGGCUGGUCAUGAGGAAAGCUCCGGAUUAAAAGACAGUUUUGAGGUUGAGUCCAUAUGGUACAAACUUUUCCAACUGGAUUAUAAGGUGGAAUUAAUAUUUCAUCUCCAGUUAAUUCUUGUUUGAAUUUGUUUUAUUUGUUAACAGGGAUACAUUCUAUUUUUGUUAUCCGGGUGUUUAAAACUUAGAAUUCCAGAGCUUUCCUCUGCUUUGUAAGGCAAAGUUAGAUGUAACAAAAUCUUGCAUUUGUGUAGUAGGUAUAAUGUUUGAGUGUGCACAAGAGGUGCCAGUUAUGUUAGCAAGCAUUCAGAUGUGAAGCAUUCAUACUUCAUUGUUUAGUAAACUAGCCACUCACUAAGAGUACACUUGGUCUCGAAAGUUAUUUCAAACUGACAUAGUCACCUAUAUUUCAUGGCCACAAAGAUAGUAUUUUAUGUAUGUGGUGGUGCAUCUUAAAAGGGAUGAAUGAUGCCUUGUUAUAGUUGGUAUUUACAUUUUCCAAAUUUCACAACUUUUGGAUACUACUAUCAGUUUCCACUAUAGGGCUUGAAUUAUUUGAAGCUCUUUUAUAGGUGUAGUCCUGUCUGCAAUCUUGAUUACACCAUAUCUUAAUGAAGGAAAUAUGAAAUAUUUCUUUGGACAGAAAUAAAAAUGGCAGCUACAUUUUAAAAUUAAAAUGUCAAAACUUAGUAUAUUCCCCACAUUCAGCAUUAGGUAAACUAAGUGCUACAUAUAACAUUAAGUUAAUAGCAAUAAUAAAGGUCCAGGUAAAAUGGUUGUUGGUAGCAACAUUUUGUCUAUAACAUUGUGUACAGAAGUUGUAGAUGAAGCUGACUGCAACCCUGGAUACACACAGCACCGCAGAAAUCCUGAGAUAUUUCAAACUUGCUAUUUCCUUUGAUUCAUAAAAUUUUCAUUGUAGGGUUGCUUAGCUUGAAUCUUGUGUAUUUUUAACCACUGUACAACUUGGUAACUGCAAACUUUUUAAAGCACCUUUCCAGGUAGUGUUGCAUUAAGUGUAAGAAACUAUACAGUGAAAUAUUUAAUUUUAAAAAUUUGUUCUAAAUUAAACAAUAUUGCUGCUGUUUAGGACAAUCUUUAUUUAUAGAGGAUAUCAACAUUAGGGGUGGGGGGGGGGGGAGAGAACUAAAUUAACAUGCAGUUAACUAAAAUUGGUUCAGCAAGUGCUCCUCAUUGCACCGUAUGAUAUUCAACCUAUCUAGCUUGCAUUGUAAAAAUACAAAGCUGGUUUCUGAUUUUGUGAAGUUGAAUACUGCAUUUUUGUAAAACACUUGUAGAAUUUAGAUAUUUGCCCUGUAGAGUUAGUUAUUUUUUUCCUUCAGCUGUCAAAGCUGCUCAUUCCAUUGUGUGCAAAGAUUUAGCUAUAGUUAACUUUUUUGUGACUUGAAAUGUAUGUUCAGGUUUAUGACUUGAAUUUUGAGAUGUAAAAUGACAUCUAGCUGUACUUGCACAUGAUUUGAAUGCUUUGGAAUUGGUGUUCAGACAGGAUAAGCUGGUUUACUUGAUACAUGUAGUUUAAAGUACUGUGACUUGUAAUGAAAUGAGACUAUAUUCUUGAAAUAAACUGAUUAAAGGA